AUGGCUCAAGACUAUAGCACGUACUUGGCGACCAACGUGCUGAACGAGCAACAGAAUGUCAGCUACCGUAACCUGAGCAGAGCGUUGAAGGUGCAUAGCAACUUGGCGAAGCAAAUGCUAUACGAGUUCCACCGCAAGCAGAACAGCAAGAAGCCUGGCAGUGUUCAUGCUACAUAUGUCAUCACCGGCACGAAGCGAAACACUCAGACAAAUGGCGUACACAGCCAAGACGAUGGCGAGGACAGUGUCAUGCGGAGUAGCCCUCCGCUCCCAGGCAGCUCCAUGCCACAAUCACAGGACGAAGCACCGACGCCUACAUCAACACGAUCGAUCAUGCUGGUAAAGGAGGAGCAUCUGGACCAAGCAAAGGAGCUGUUCGAGCAAAUCUCCGGCAUGCACAUAUACACCUUACAAGCGGGCGGUUUGAGCGAUGUCCAAGUCUUGACUGACUGCAACCGCAAAGUGCAGGUGAAUUAUGCUUCCGAGGACCCUAUGAAAGAGUGGAAACAAUAUGGCACGAUACAGAAUCCGAGCGUGAGAAGGAGGACAAGAAAGAACGGUCCUCCACCGGCGGCGAUGGCGCCUGCGAAACCAGAAGCCGUGAAAGCGAAAGCAGCUGCGACAGCUGCAGCUAAGACCAGUGCUGCAGAUGUGAAGGCUGCCGUGAAACCCACCUUGAAGAGCGAGACUUCAAAUGACGCCAGAGGAGUACACAGCAAGCCGAUAGGCAGCACAAAGGCACAAUCGUCAAACAUCUUCAAAUCGUUUGCGAAGGGCGCGGCAAAGCCGAGAAAGACCGACUCGCAAGGAAGUUCUGCAGCAGCAUCGCCCGCGGCACUGCCAUCUCCUGCCGCCCCAGCCGAGGAUGGCACGGAAGAUGUUCCAAUGACUGGCUUUUCGGACGACGACAUGGACGACACUGGUACGAAUCUGCUGGGUGAAGAGCCGGAUGAAGUCAAGGAGCCCUCAGGGCCCAGUAGAAAAGAACGAAAGGCGGCUCUUGAGGCAUUGAUGGACGAAGAUGACGAGCCGAUGAAGGACGCCGACUCGCCUGCCGCUGUCGAAGAAGACGAGGCAAAGCUCGACGAAGGCGAGAUCGACAAACCCGAACCGAAGGAAGAGCCCAAAGAAACAGUGACAAUCGAGCAUGGCCGCAGAAGAGGUCGCCGAAGAGUUAUGAAGAAGAAGACUGUCAAAGACGAGGAAGGCUAUCUCGUCACGCGCGAAGAAGCAGCCUGGGAAUCCUUCUCAGAAGACGAGCCUGCGCCGAAGAAAGCCAAAGUUUCCGCACCGCUCCCGAGCAAGACGACCGCAAAGAAGGGUGGUAAGCCUGCGGGCAACAUCAUGUCCUUCUUCAAAAAGAAGUAA